AUGGAGUCUCGAUAUCAGAUUCAAAACCCCGACAGUACACCAGUACUACCCAAAAAAGGGAAAAAAGCAUGCACUCAGUGCCGCCAGCAGAAGUCCAAAUGCGACGUCUGGAGAGAUGAGACUGUGCCAUGUUCCCGGUGCAAAAAACACGGCUACGAAUGUACCAUUGAUGAUGGUUUCACCAGAGAACACAAACGGCGACGAUUGAAUGAGCUCGAAAGAGAGAAAGAGCAACUGCGCCAGCAACUCCAGAUCUCCCGCCAUAGACCAUCAGACCAUCCUGCCAUUGAUGCAGCACCAGCAACCGCCGGAAUUGGAGUGCCGUCAGGUUUCAACUCCAAUGUUGGCUCCGAAGUCUCCCAGAAAUUGGCAUCUCUACCCGAGCACGAAUUAUCACUGACGGAUUCGGCAUCUGGCACAACAACCCAAGGAAGCGAAACCACGAGAUCGCGCUCCCUCAGGGGUGUUACGGUCACUGGCGAAGAGAUCGAUGAUUUGUACCAAAUGUUCUUCCGCCACUACGCCUCGUUCCUUCCAAUUCUCGAUGCGCAAAUAAAGCCUAAUGCAUAUUAUGCACAGUCUCCCUUCUUAUUCUGGGCCGUCAUUGGUGUCUGUAGCCGGUCAUAUCCCCGUAACCCGACACUACAGACAGCCUUGGCCCAGGGAGUGACAGAAAUGGCAUUCUUGUCUGUCUUGUCAACUUGCGCUCCAUGGUUCACAAUUCAGGGUCUGCUACUGCUGUUAACAUGGCCCUUUCCGAAAGAAAAUCGACCCGAUGUGACUUUUCCGUUGAGUGGAAUGCUGCUCCACGUAGCGAUGCAAAACGGCUUUCAUAUCCCGAUGUCAAGUCACGAAUUCUCGAGAGUCAAGAUUCCAGCACCAUCAGAAAUAGAUAUGAUUCGGCGCUCAGAGCUCUGGGCCCAAUGCGUUUUGGUCUAUCAGCGUUCUUGUGUCAUUAAAGGUCAAUCUCCCCGCAACAUUGUCAGUCUAGCGCAGGAUCCCAUGCAGCGCCAAAUGCUCUUCAAUAUGAUAGCCCCAGAUCUAGCUCAAAAGCUCAGGUGCCAAGAACUCGUUGGAAGCUGCAGCGAAGCGGUUCUUGAGAACGGGGUACGUGCUAUGUCUUUGGAUCAGGAGUUGUCCUUGGACAAAGCGUUGCGAUCAUUUGAAGACCAAGUGGACGAGAUUGAGUUGCAGACGAUAGCUGAUGAUGAGAGAUACCACCUUCUCCUCUGCCGAAUGGCUAUACAAAGCUUCCAUUUCUAUAAAACGCGUACAGUUGUGUCCAGUGGGUGUUUAGCGCGUCUCAUAGCCACUGCUUGCGGCUUGGUGGACUACAUCCAAACCUUGGCAGACAGGAUGGGGUUCAUUUCUAUGGCACCUGUUCAAGUGGGGUUCGGUCUGCUUUUAGCUUCGAUGUCACUACUACGCAUCCUCAAAAGUAAAGCUGCUGUUGCCGGGUUAGACGCCAACCGCGCUCGAGUUUCCUUCUUCAUGGCCAUCAAUCUGGCAAAACAGAUGUCUACUGACAGAACAGACACAGCGGCCAAAACUAUCACGGUGUUGAAUCAACUUUGGAACAGCAGCAAAGCAUUCCGCAAACCCGAUGGCUCGGAGUAUACCUCUCUCCGCAUUCGAAGUCGCUUGAUCCUUAGUCCGAUUUUGGACGCUGUCUGGUGGUGGCGGGAUGAAUUCGACCCCCACACCCGUGCAAUAGUACGGGGCACCGAAAGCACAGACGUUGGCGGUGCAAGCAGGGCUACUAAUAUGCCUGGCGGAAAUAUGGGACAUUCUAUUGGAGGAGCUGACCAAACCAGGGAGCCACUGGGGAGCGUAUUUCAUAAUAUGGGACCACCUCCACAGGAAGAGUUUAUGAUGGAUGAAGAUUUCUUUUCUAAAUUUGAAUGGGCGAUCAGUGAGGAAGACUUUCUCUCGUUGGGUGCUUUCCCCACAGACUGGUCAUCCACCAACAACAUACCGUGA